AUGAUAGACGCGCAGGACAAGCAGCGAAUAAUUGCCGCAGCCGAAGUCGCGGCUUUGACUCCGAAGAAGUGGCUGUUCUUGGUCGACUUGCAAAUCAACAGCGUAGUCGACAUGCUCGUCCGACUGGGUCCUGGUCGCUACCAGCUGGGUGAGCUGGGAAAGAGGCUCCACUGCCGCAUCGACAACGGGCGUCUCCUCACACAGCCGGAGGAGCCGCUGGAAGGAGGUCCCGAGGAUCAGCUGCCACCUCCUGUGGAGUUCUCCAAGUUCAUCUCCGAGAUGUUCACAGGCUGA